GGCCGGCUAGAGGAAGAAGCGUUGCGGCGAAAGGAACGGCUGAAGGCCCUGCGGGAGAAAACCGGGCGCAAGGCACUUGAGUGUCUCUGGGAUUCCAGGUGGUGGCAGCAUGGCUGCUGAGUGGCCCUUGCUCGGGGCUGGGCAGGGACAUGGUGUUUGCAAAGGUUGCUCCCAAAGGCUGUUUCCGCAGUCCCCGCCUCUCUACCAGCUGGCCCAGGACAAGGAAGAUGGGGAGCCAAAGACCAAACAGCUCAGAGAAGGGGAGGAGGAGGGCGAGAAGCACAGGGAACUCCGGCUGCGGAACUACGUCCCCGAGGACGAGGACCUGAAGAGGAGGCGGGUGCCCCAGGCCAAGCCCGUGGCAGUGGAAGAGAAGGUGAGGGAGCAGCUGGAGGCCGCCAAGCCCGAGCCAGUCAUUGAGGAAGUGGACCUGGCCAACCUCGCACCCCGGAAGCCGGACUGGGACCUCAAGAGAGACGUAGCCAAGAAGCUGGAGAAGCUGGAAAAGCGGACCCAGAGGGCCAUCGCCGAGCUGAUCCGCGAGAGGCUGAAAGGCCAGGAGGACAGCCUGGCCUCUGCAGUGGACGCCACCAAUGAACAGGAGGCCUGCGACUCCGACUGAGGCCUGCCCCCUGGGAGGAAGGUGUUGGACAGGGUGGGGGCUGAGCUGGCCCUCACUUCCCGUUUGCCCUCAGAGCAGUGGCUCCCCACCCCAUCAGGGGGAGCCCGCCAUGGGGAGAGCCAGCUCCUUGCCUCCCGAGCAGCUCUGUGGCCUGCGCACGUAUGUGUACAUGUAUAUAUUGUGGACUUUUUUUUUCUAUAAAUAGAAAUAAGCAGACCCCUCUGUGUGGCAGAAAUCUAUCAAAUAUUUCCUGGGUCCUUGGGGUGCUUGAGUUUGGGUCCCAGACAGGGUGUGUAGAGGUGAUGCUUGAUUGAGAAAGCCCUGUGUGGGGCUGAGCAUAUGGGCUGACCUUCCGGGCUCAGUCCUUGGGCAGCGGUCAUCUCAGAACCCUGGAGGGACAGAGGUCUGAGAGUCUGGAGACCUGCGUGGGGCUAGGCUUGCAGUGUUUCGUGGGGCAGCCAGAGAGGCUCCCCCUGCUCUGUGGGCCCCUCGCAGUGGGGCAGAGGGAGGAGCCUGGGUCCGUGCAGGGGUCAGCUUGGACCCAUUGCCACCACGAUUGAAAUUGAGGUUCCAUGGAAAAGGAAGAAAGGAUGCUGGGAGGGCAGCCAGCAGGGCCUGCCACAGGCGGUAGGAAGAAAUGGUGAGCAAAGAUAGGUAGA